AUGGAUAUUUCGACAAAAUCACCGAUUAUCAGAAAGAAUAUCUUCAUUCCUGUUGGAAAUGGUCUUGCAAAUUUGGACCACCAGAUCUCGGCGAGGCUGGAGAAAGAUCCAGCUCGGAGGAGAAUGUUCAUGAACUCGUCGAUCAAUCUUACCGAGAAAUCAGCAAAUGAAAAGGGCUCGAACUUUUUUGGCCAGCUUUUGACAUUUCUCGUCGCGUACAAUCUUAUUUCUGGAAUUCUUCACUACAUUUAUUACAAUAUUAUUUACUAUAAUCCUGAUAUCGACCCCAAAAACGCCAGUGCAGCGGUCAGUAACGAAUUGCUAGACUUGAAUAGAGAAAUCAUGAGUAUCAGACAAGAGAUGAGACUGAUGCAUUUGGACAAGAAUAAAUCGUCGAUCGAAAGUCAAACUUUGUCAAAUAAGAUCUCAGAGAUUUCGGCAGAAAACGAGAAAUUGAGAAAAGAACUUGAGGAAGUAAAGUCCACGCUGGAACUUUUGAAGAAACAGAUUCUCAUGAAUUAA